UGACGCCUGGACCCGACAGCCAGACUGCCAGGACCCUCUGUGGGCAGUGGGCUGGUAAGCUGCUUUAGCUGGUGGAGUAUGUUGGAGUGGAGCUUCGAGGAGCGCCAGAGUUCUCCUCAGUGUGUCACCUCCUCCCGGGCUUCCUGGCGGGUUUCUUCAGCGGCCCACUCUCUGAGCCUUUGUUUUUCUGGCUGUGAAGCAGGUUGCUGUGUUUGUCUUGUGGAUGUGAGGAAGCCUGCCGGCCUCAGCAUGCUGCUGCUCCUCCUGCUGUGUGUGACUCCCUCCACCCAGGAACAGGGUUCUGCUGCUCGUUGUGAUGAGAUCCAGAUGUUGUCACACCACACGCCAUGCACCUCCUGCAGCGCCUCCCUCUCAGUACACUGUCCUCAGGGCUUCACCAAGGUCUCCUCCGGCACCGGAAACAACAACUGCAGUUACGUGGUGGAGAUAGGAGGGAGGAGUGUGGAGCUUCAGGGAUGCAGCCACAUCUGUGUGAAGAAGGUCCCUAAACUGCACUGCUGCACCAACCACUGGGGGCCGCUCUGCCUGCCUUGUCCCAGCUGGUCAGGUAAAACCUGUAAUUUCCACGGAAGGUGUCAAGAAGGAAUUCUGGGUAAUGGAACCUGUGUCUGUGACGAGGGAUUCUCUGGAGUCGCUUGUCAUGAAUGUAAAAACCCAAACAACUAUGGAGCAAAAUGUGAUAAAGUGUGUAGCUGCGAGAACGGAGUGUGUGUCGGCAGUCCGGACGAUGUUGGGGUGUGUCUGUGUCAGCCUCCAUACUCGGGGCCUCGUUGUGACCAAGUGAGCAGCGGCUGCAGGAACUGCAGCAGUUACUCCUUCUGCAAAGACUCUGCAGACACUGCUGUGUGUGAGUGUCUGCCAGGACACCGCCGCACACCACACAACACCUGCACCAGCAUCUGCUCAGCCAAGGAUUGUCACCCCUAUGCUGACUGCUCCUCUGUGGGGUCAAAGGUCAAGUGUGUAUGUAAACCAGACUAUGAGGGUGAUGGCAAGAUUUGCAUACCCAAAAACCCUUGUACCCUCAACAAUGGAGGCUGCCCACCCAACUCCACUGUCUGUGUCUUCACAGGCCCCAACAAGUCCACAUGUGAGUGCAUGGCUGGCAUGGUACCCAUAGGCUCUUCUCCUGAGUCAGGCUGUAAGCUGCUGUCUGCCUGUUCUGCACAAACAUGCCACUCCACAGCCGUCUGUCAGACUGGGCUGGAUGGAGAGCCAAGGUGUGUGUGUGAGGCGGGUCAUAUUGGUGAUGGACACCGUUGCUAUGGUAACCUGAUAGAGCGUUUGAUGGAGUUGGACAGAGCAGAAGACCGAAAGGGGAAUCUGUCUGGAGCCAUCAUCCUGUUUGAGAGAGGUUGUCAACUUCUGUUACGUCAGCAUGGACCAUUCACAGCCUUCAUCCCCAUCCUGAAAACACCUCUUUCUGGUGUGGAUGAGGAGAUCGUGUGCAAGGACCAUCUGAUCCUGGGCCAGCACCUUUAUAAAGACCUGGAGGGGCGCGACUUCAACCUGUACGGAGGAGCCAAGGCGAGGAGCAAAGGUGACAAGCGGUUCAUCCUGAUGGAGGAUCCAGGCAGACCAUACACAGUGGUACAGGAAGACCUUCCAGCAGCUAAUGGGAUAAUCCACAUCAUUGAUCAGCCAAUCAUAAACCCUCAUCCUGUUCCUCCCCGUGACCAGCAGUUUGCAGAUAAAACUAUUGCAGAGAUUCUGACUCUGGAUGACAAGUACAACCGUUUCCUGUCUCUGGUGGAUAACUGUGGGGCACCUAUGCCUCUGCGGGGCCCGGGGCCCCUGACCGUCUUCAUCCCCACCAACCAGGCAGUGGACAAGGCCAGAGAUGGAAGCAUCAUUUACAUGCUGGAUGACGCCAAACAUAAACUCCAGGAGCUGCUGAAGCAUCACAUGUUCUCCCAUGCUGCGCUAACUGUGGAUGAGUUGGCCAGUCUGCCCCAGAUACAGACCAUGGCCAACCAAGUGAUUAAGAUCACUGUGGCUGACAAUGGAAAGAUUUUAUUGGGUGAGAAAAGUGCCUCUCUAGACAACACUGACAUCAUAGCAUCCAAUGGGAUCAUCCAUAUGGUUGAUGGCCUGUUAGUCCCACCCUCCAUCGUCCCCAUCCUGCCUCACCGCUGUGAUGUCAUCAGCAGCAAGAUCACCGUGGGUACCUGUGUUCUUUGCAGUUAUCUCUAUGAGACUCACUGUCCCGAGGGCAGCACUGAACUGGAAAGUCACUUGAGAGGAUGUGAAUAUGAGAUGCCUCCUCUAAAACCGGAUCUCAGUAAAGGCUGUGCCAAGUACUGCAACACAACCCAGCAGGUAGCAGAGUGUUGCAAAGGCUUCUAUGGUCCAGACUGUAAGCCAUGCAUAGGAGGCUUCCAGCAUCCCUGUUAUGACAGAGGAACUUGUUUUGAUGGUAUCCAUGGUAACGGCUCGUGUAGCUGUCAGUCAGGCUUUAAGGGCGUGGCUUGUCAUAUCUGCUCUGACCCCUCCAAGCACGGAGACAACUGUGAUGAAGACUGCCGCUGUCUCCAUGGCAUGUGUGAUAACCGUCCUGGUAGCGGUGGUGUGUGUAGGAGGGGUUCCUGUACGCUGGAAUAUUCAGGAGAAUACUGCGACCUGGUGGCCACACCCUGCAACUCUGAUGGCCUCCAUCACCACUGUCACAUCAACGCAUACUGUGUACUCGAUGGACUACACACUACGUGUGUGUGUAGUGAUGGUUAUGAAGGUGAUGGACUCUCCUGUUCUCUCAUCAACCCCUGCUUGACAAGCAAGAGAGGAGACUGUGACACCAAUGCUCAGUGUGUGUAUUUAGGUGUGGGGAAUGUCUCCUGUGUGUGUAAUGAAGGCUGGACAGGUGACGGUGCAGUGUGUGUUGAAAUUGAUAACUGCCAGCUGGAGUCCAAAGGAGGCUGCAGCCCCAACGCAGACUGUCGCUCCAUCGGCCCUGCUCAGAGUGAGUGUUUAUGUAAGAAAGGUUACAUGGGAGAUGGAAUCACCUGUGACCGCGUCAACCCCUGCCACACAGGCAACGGAGGCUGUCAUGCCCUGGCUCGGUGUGGGCUCAGAGAGGAUGGGGACCGCACCUGUACCUGUCCUGAGGGCUUCGCAGGAGACGGACUCAUCUGCUUUGGAAGCAUGCUGGAGGAGCUGGAGCUGAACCCACAGCUGAGCAGUUUUAAUCGUCUGAUCCAGAGCGGCAGGAGGAUAUUUGAGGACCUCAGGAACAACACGACAGUGUUCGUUCCGUCCAGUGAAGUCCUGAAGAACAUGAGCUCGGCCCAGGAGUCAUUCUGGACCAACCGAUACCGCUUACCUCACUUCAUCAGAGCUCACUUCGUGUUGGGGAUUUACUCCAUAGAAGACCUGGAUGAGCUGGUUGGCAGCAGUCUAAUGUCUCUCAGCCCGCCCACCCAGUGGCAGAUCACCAAUGCAAGCGGGGUUCUUCUCAUUGGAAAUGCCUCCAUCUUGACUCCAAACCUCCCUGCUCUCCAUGGCUCCAUCCACAUCAUAGACAAGGUUCUAGCCCCGCCCAUCUCAGACCUCCCCCCUGACCCCCCGACACUGAUGACAUUUUUGAACAACACGUCAAACUUCACUCUUUUCAACCAAUAUGCACUGAUGUACAAUCUGUCAGAGCAGCUGAGUGUGUUUGACUUCACCCUUCUGCUGCCAACAGAUGACGCCAUCAGAUGCCACCUGAACCAGACCAACUCUACCCACCUGGACCCUGAUGUGUUUAAAUACCAUGUGAUUCGGGAUCAAAUACUCCUUCCUGGUCAUGUGACAGCCGAUGCCCUGGAGAGCACCCUGCUGGGCAGUGAUUACCAGGUCCAUUUCCACCUUGAAAACAACCAGACGUCCGUGAAUGAUGUUCCUCUGGAUGGGAGCUUCAUUGAGACGCAGAAUGGAGUUAUCAUAGUCCUCCCCCAGGUCCUCAAAGUUCAGAAGAAUCGCUGCAGCAAACCAGUAACGCUGCAGAUCAACGGACGGUGUUCAGACUGUGAUGGGCCACCUCGAUGCAUAUACAACUACAAACCAAUCAAAGAACAGUUUCCUGCCAAUAUGCGCCCCAACUGUAAUUUCAGGAAGCGUGUUGGUUCAAAGAGGAAGAAUGUGCGGGGCUGUGCCCUAAAAUGUCUCCGCCUGACAAAGGACCACUCCUGCUGCCCGGGGUAUUAUAGCCAUGAGUGCUUCAGGUGCCCCGGCCAGGUGGGCAGCUGGUGCUCCAACCACGGGGAGUGUCAGGAUGGAAACCUGGGCAGCGGAGAGUGUCGAUGUUACGAAGGAUUCCACGGGACAGCUUGUGAGGACUGCGAACCUGGGAGAUACGGCGCCAAUUGCUCUUCAAAGUGUAUGUGUCUUCAUGGAAAGUGUGAAGAUGGCCUCACAGGAAGCGGGAGGUGUUUGUGUUAUAAGGGCUGGAAAGGGGCCUCCUGCUCCAUAGAGAUCAAAGAUGAUGCCUGUGGAGGUGUAUGUGACGACAAUGCCAAUUGUGUCACAGGACUGAUGGGAACAGCUCCGGCCUGUGUGUGUGUCGGUGGAUAUGAAGGAAAUGGGACCCACUGUAAAGAGAUGGAUUUAUGCAGCAGAUCAAAUGGUGGAUGUUCACAGUUUGCCGUCUGUACAAAGAUUUCGGCCGGGGAGAGGAGUUGUACCUGUAACAAGGGCUACACCGGGGACGGAGUCAUUUGCCUGGAGCUGGAUGGCUGUCUGCUCAACAACGGAGGCUGCCACGUGUCAGCAGAAUGCACCAGGACAGGCCCGAAUAAAACGGCCUGUAGUUGUCUGCGUGGUUUUGCUGGAUCAGGAAGGGUCUGCUUCCCACUCAACCCCUGCCAGACUGAUAAUGGCGGCUGUGACAGGUAUGCUAGGUGUGUGUACCUGGGUCAGGGGAAGAGGAACUGCUCCUGUUUACCAUCGUUCACCGGCGACGGAAUCACCUGCCUGGGAAGAACCUUCACAGAGAUCUACCGUCGGCCAGAAAAUGCUUUCUUCCACAAUUUGUUACAGGCUGUUUUACCAGUUUCAGACCUCUCAGAACGUCGCUUCACUGUGUUUGUUCCCUUGGAGGAAACCAAUAAAGACUUCUCUAUACCAAGGGUGGCUGUGUUGUCUCAGAUAGUUCAGUAUCACAUCAUCAGAUGUGAGACUUUGACCCUCAGCGACCUCAAAACCACCAGCCAGGCCGUCACCUUGUCAGGACAAACACUGAGGUUUACUGUCCAUGAGGGGUCUGUGUUUAUUAAUAAUGUGUCCAGGAUAGUAAGAAGUGACUUCCUAACCACCGAUGGAGUGAUCCACCAUAUCGACAAAAUCCUGACUCCACUGACCAUCAAGACCCCACCUCUCCUCAAGAUGAAUUACAGCAGCGCGGCAGAGAUGUACGGCUACACCAGGUUCACAGAGCUGAUAAAGGUGGCGGGUUUGGUUCCGGUGCUGGAGAUGUACAUAAACCAGCCGCUCACCAUGUUCUGGCCCACAGACAAGACGAUGGAGGCGCUGCCGGCAGAGCGAAAGCAGUGGCUGCUGAGCCCGGACCACCAAGAGCAGCUCAGAGCCACUGUUUUAGCCCACAUCGUCCGCUCUGUCAAAGAGCCAUUUUUUGGUGUUCACACCUUCCGCACUAUGCAUGGAUCUUUCAUCAGUGGGUCCUGUGACAAGACAAUGCCAGGUCGUAUACUGAUAAACGGCGGUAAUGCCAGGAUUGUGGAGAAUUACAUCACCUUCUCGGAGGGCACAGCUUACGGCAUCGACCAGUUACUGGAGCCACCGGGCCUGGGAGCGCACUGUGACUCCCUGGAGAAUAUCACCUCAUAUGGUUCCUGUGGACGCUGUCUUCGACCUCCACUUUGCCCUAGGAAAACCGAGUACACAGGCAAAACGCAGGGUUGCAUUUACCCCAAUAUCUGGUACAGCAACCCCCAGUUCCGGUUCCCGCACCGGCUGGAUGACUUCUUCUCUUCAAGUCGCUUCAAAACUGACCAGCGCGGCUGCCGGAGGGUCUGUCAGGCCGUCAACUGGGUGCCCAAGUGCUGCAAAAACCACUACGGGCGAGACUGUCAAGUUUGUCCCGGUGGAUUAGACGCCCCCUGCAGUAACAAUGGGGAAUGCCGUGAUGGAAUGAGGGCCGGGGGAACAUGUGUGUGUCGGAGAGGCUUCCAAGGACGCGCGUGUGAAUCCUGCCUUCCUAAACACUACGGCUCGAAUUGUACAGCGUGCAACUGUACGGUGAAUGGUCAGUGUCAGGAUGGGAUGGAGGGUUCUGGUCAGUGUGCGUGUCAGUCGGGCUGGCAGGGUGAACGAUGUGAGCAGAAAGUGGAGUCGCUACCAGAGGAGUGUAAGCGCUGCCAUGUGGAUGCCGUCUGUCUACCAAACGUAGGCUGUCAGUGUAAAGAGCAGUUUCAGGGAGAUGGAAUUGACUGCAGCCCAAUGCCUCCUCCAGACCUGUGUGCGGAAUAUAACGGUGGUUGCCAUGAGAACGCUGACUGUAGUCUAACCCAGUUGGUUGUCAACUGCACCUGCCACAGUGGUUACCAUGGAGACGGUUUCUCUUGCGAGCCCAUCAACAGGUGUGUAGCGGAGCAAAAUGGAGGCUGCAGUGACUUUGCUAUCUGCAAGUUCACCGGACCAAAUGAGCGUCGGUGUGAGUGCCUACCGGGGUACGUGGGUAAUGGAAUUCAGUGUCUGGAGAAGGUGGUGCCCCCUGUUGACCGCUGUCUGGAAGGCAAUGGCGGCUGCAGUCCCAAGGCUACCUGCAAGGACACGCAUUACCAUGCCAACACCGCCGGGGUUUUCCACGUCCGUUCUCCGGAGGGGAAGUACAGGAUGAACUUGACUGAGGCUGAGAGUGCCUGCAGAGCCCAGGAUGCUACCCUAGCCAGCUUCAAACAGCUAGCUGACGCUCAGCAGUUGGGGAUGCAUCUGUGUGUUGCUGGCUGGUUGGAGGGGGGUCAGGUAGGCUACCCCACCCGCUUCCCCUCGGUGAAUUGUGGAGAUAACCACGUGGGUGUGGUCCUGUACAAUAUGUCUGUCGACAGUAGCAGCACAUACGAUGCCUACUGCUACAGGCUCAAAGAGGUGUCUUGUGUGUGUAACAGUGGUUAUGUUGGGAAUGGAGAGUUCUGUAACGGAGACCUGAUCAGCGUUCUCGCUACACACACCAACUUCUCUGUCUUUUACAAGUUCUUACUGGACUAUAGCGCAGUGUCAGCAGAUGGCAGAGACUUGGUUGACUUCCUGUCUAACAGGAAGUGUGAUGUCAUGCUCUUUGUCCCCCAUAACACCGGCUUUUCCCCCAACCAGACUCUAUCUGGGAGAGAUCUUGAGUACCACAUCUCUGCCAAUCAGAGCACUCGUCUGUACCACGAACUCACACAGCAGGAAGUCAUCACCUCCAGACUUGGAUACAACCUUACUAUUACCCACAAUGACGACAACAAGGGGUCUAAACUGGUGAACCAGAAGGUUGUGCUGGAUUGGGACAUUCUUGCCUCCAAUGGUAUCAUCCACGUCAUCGAGAGCCCGCUCACAGCACCCCCCCUGACUAUCUCCCAUCAUGCCUCCCGAGGCCAUGCCCACUCCAGUGGCACGGCGACGGCCAUCUUGGUGACAUUGCUGUUGUGUCUGCUGGCUGGAGGGGGAUUCUACAUCUUCAAACUCAGAGACAACCCCUUCACCUUCCACUACUUCAAGAAUGAGGAGGAGGGGGCUGACCCGGGCCUGGUGUCCAUCCAGAACCCUCUGUACAGCGGAAACAGAGGCUUGGCUGAGUCCUUUGGGGACUCGGAACUCGGUGCAGAUCCAGCAGAAUCUUCAGAACCAACACAACCUGCAAAAAUCCUGGAUCUGGAGCAGUAGAACCGCAAUGGUCUCUCUGAAACGUCUCAAGUCAUAUCACUGAAACCCAAAUACAUUCUGGGAAAUUGUUUUGUAAUAUUGACAAUAAAAAGGUUGUAUUCACCAA